UGGUGACAAGUAAACGACAAAGUCCGCUUCCCUGCUGUACAUGUCAGGGCGACAGGUGGAUAUCUGUAGAAAACUUGAACUUCACCUGUGCACUUAAAGAGAAUGCUGACAACGUCCGCGGCCAACAAAUUCACGUGAAGAAAGGAGCAAGCCUACAAGACAGCCUAGCGGUGUGAAUUUCAGGUCAGUAUACACUACUAUAUAGCGCGACAGCUACGCAGUUUGCAUUAUACCCAGUAAGCCACAUUACGGGUCACAAAAAGCCAGAUGUACGAGUGAUUGCCCGACAUAAAAGAGCAAGAAGCUUUCUUAGCUACACCUCAUGUUGUCAUUUAUACAAGUGUCUUCAAUAGUGCUCUAAACUGGUCAUGAGAUUUCUGGAUGCGAAUUUAAGAUACCCCAAAAAACAGUCAAGAAAUGCGUACUAGUCGCCGUGCGGACAGUUUCGCUUCCUGGUCGAUGUUGAUCGGUCAUAAGACGUCACCUGAUCAGACGGCGUUUGAGUCAGGGGAACCCCCGACUCAGGAGGCAUUUCUAUUGGACAUUUUUCCAUCACGUGAUACAGUGCCUGAACGGUAGGGACACGAAAACACUUUCACUCCUGAGGGUCGACUGGCAGUUCGGUUCUGGUCCACUCUGGUUCUUGUCUUACAGAGAGCGCGAGAGGCGGGGACAAGAACAGUUUCAUUUCACGAACACAUGAAAAGCAUGCGCAGUCUGUAGAUUUAUCGCCCAGAACGUGCGAAACUAGUGUAUAUAAACUAAAGGGCAUUGUUUCGCGGUGCUUGUGACAACAUGGACGACGUCACGGGGGAGGUCACUGACCGCCCAAUGGACGACAGGGGCAACAGAAACCCGGCCAGGAGUGGAGACGCCCCUGGUGCUGAAGGGCCUUUCGUGCAUACUGACAGACGGUCAAUCCUAGUCUCCCACAUCCCAGAGGGAAUCAACCGGGACAAACUGGAGAUCCACUUCAUGCGGAAGACUAACGGUGGAGGCGACAUCGAGAACGUCACCCUGAUGGAGUCUUCCACGGCCAAAAUCACAUAUUCGGAGGAGUCUUUCGUCCAGGGUGUGCUUGAGAGAGAGCAAUACGUUUUGGGCAAAAAGGUUGAAGUGCAGAAGUGGCGGCCCAAGCCUGAUGAUACCGUCAAACGCUCAGGUGACCCAGAACAACAGAAGGACUCCCAUGAACUCGUGCAGGUUUUCGGCAGCGUCCGUGCAUUUGUUAGGCCGGAGAAAUCUCGCUACAUCACCAAGUCGUGGAAAAAUACAGUAAAAAGGGGAAUAGACGGCAUAGUAUUUAAGAAAGGCGAAGAGGGAAGAAACGAAGUAGUGGAGGUAGUCGGCAACUGGAGCGAGGUAACAAGAGUCCGCAGCCUAUUGCAGAUAGAGGUUUGGAGUGCUCAAGGCAUAAUCCCUGGAACCGAUGCCCAUGGUGGGUCUGGCUCGAAAGAUGUGGACACCUCAAGCGCAGGGACAGGACAAGGUAGGGGGCGCGGUACCCCCGACACACCGGUACCAGCGAUCACCGCAACCCAACAACCAGGAAGCGGGCUGGCAACUGCAGUACGUCCGAAAAAGCGCCCCCACGUUACGCAUCAACACGGGAGGGAGCAACCAGGCCCGCCAGACGAAGCCGAUGGUCCGGACACACACCAUCCAGGAACAACCCAGCCUCAAAGACACUCAGACAGGAAACGUAGAACACCGGGCCAGCCUACACAAAUUCAUGACGGCCCGGAUGGUGGUCUAGGCGCAUCCACAACAAGCCACGGUUACAAGACAGUGAAUCGCAAAACACAGACAAGCCAUGACGACAUCGAUCCAUCCAAGAUCGUCAUAGUUCCGGAUAUCAAGUCUUACCUGUGCCAAGUUAACGGCUCGGAAGUGUUAAAGAUCAUGCUGAAGAACAAAGCAGUGAUCGUCAUGAACGAUGUCGACGGACAAACAGAAGUGGAGUUCUUUGGAAGCCAUGCAGCCGACAGCGAUCCAGAGAAUGCUAAAGAAGAGUUCACCACCCUCUACCAGAAAAUUCACCACAGUAUUGUGUGCAAGCCGUUUGAGCUACAGUCCAGGCACAUCCCACCAGAUCAAGUCUCCACGGCAGUCGCGAAGAUCAAGGAAGACUUCCCCCGAGUGAUGCUGAAGCCUUGUCCGGAGAAAGACGUGAUGUUUUACGGGACAGAGAAGGAGGUCCAGGAGGCGAAGACGGCGAUGUGUGAACAUCUCGGCAUAUCAACCGCACGAGGUCGAAGGAGGAGGGGUGCGACUGGGACAACAGGACAGCCCGACAAGUUUGGCCAGACUGGGACUGGGAGCUCGUCAACUACAGAAUGGUUUAACCACACCACAAGGGAGGGGAUACAGAUUGUAGUCGCCCAAGGAGACAUCACAAAACAGCGGGUAGAUGUCAUCGCGAACGCCGCAAACGAGUCCCUCAGUCACGGGAGCGGUGUAGCCGGAGCGAUCUCCAAGGCAGGCGGCCCGUCUAUCCAGAAGGAGAGCAAUGCCUAUGUCAAAAAACACGGGCCUCUAUGGGUGACAGGGACGGCAGUGACUGGGGGAGGACAGCUACCCUGUAAACACAUCAUUCAUGCCGUGGGGCCGAGAUGGACCCCGGGCUACGAGGGAGCAAAUGAACGUGAACUACGGCAGACAUGCUGCAACGUCCUCACCAAAGCUUCGGUAACGCUUCAGGCAGAAUCGGUGGCUAUUCCGGCCAUAAGUUCAGGAAUCUUUGGCAUGCCAAAGGACAGGUGUGCAGAAUCCCUACUCUCCGGCCUACAACAGUUCCUCCAGAGGGCGUCUCAUUCCUGCACGCUAAGAAAAAUCCUCUUCAUCGACAUGGACCAGGCAACAGUUAAGGUACUUGCUGACACCUUUGGCAAGGAGCUCUCACCAACCACGACAGACGCAGCAGCGCCGCCUGGAGAUGUCAUCCAACCCCCGUCCGACCAAUAUUCAUCGGCUCGGACAACGUCACGUAAGUCCCUCACAGCUCCGGGAGACACAGGGAAAGGUAUGACAUCAGAUGGAGCUGAUUGUUCCAUAUGCAUGUCAGGCAUUACUGAUCCCAAGUCUCUCCCAUGUAAACACACGUUCUGUAGAGAGUGCAUAGAUACAGCUCUGUCCUACAAGUCCCAGUGCCCCAUCUGCAACGCCAUUGUCGGCGAGCUGAUAGGAAACCAGCCUCCAGGACGCAUGGAGUGGUGCACAAGCCAUGGAACACGGCUUCCUGGGUACGAGAACUUCAGCGCCAUCGUGAUCAGCUACGACUUCCCGGAUGGAAUACAAGGGCCUGAGCACACAAGCCCCGGUCGUCCCUUCAGCGGUACCUCCAGACGUGCCUAUCUACCCAACAACGACGAGGGAAGGGAGCUGGUCCAGCUCCUGAAGAAGGCCUUUGACAAACGCCUGGUCUUCACCAUUGGAACCUCCGUCACAACCGGCGCUACAGACACGGUGGUCUGGAACGACAUUCACCACAAAACCAACCCCUACGCAGGAGCCUCUGAUUACGGCUAUCCGGACCCAGGCUACCUGAACAGACUGAGGCAGGAACUCGCAGCUAAAGGCAUCAAGUAAGACCAGAGACACGGUAGACGCGCUAGACCCCAGCUGAGGAGUGUUGCUCAGUAGUAUAAGAUCAAAGAACAAGAUAAAGAACACGAGCGCUCGACAAAUUACUGUAAGGAUAGUUUCUUUCAUCAUAGACCCCAUAUCCAACCAGAAAUGUACAACAAAAUAUAAGCAUAUGUUAUUUGUUUCUACUAUUCUAGCCUAAUAAAUAAAUGACUAAUGAAUGUUAAUUUCUGCAUAAUAAGUACAUUCUAAGUUGGUAAUUAUUUCCAAUACAGUGUGCAGUAAUCUUCUGUUGUUGUAUUGAUGAACUCGUACAGAAUAUAGAUUCUUAACAAUCCAAGUUUAAAAACUAUAUCGUUAGCAUUUUGAGUAUUUGAUUUACGAACAGGCACAACGAAUUUCAAAUAACAAUUGUGAAACUUGAAAAUUAACUUUGAAGUAUGAAAAAUAGAAUUGUAAUUAUAGCAUUGCAGAUGAAUAAACGGAAGCCAAGAAUCA